AUGAAGCUCGUCGCUCUGUCCACUGCUCUUCUUGCCAUCGCGCAGAACGCAUAUGCUUUGCCUGUUGAAACCGACGAUGCCUCUGCUCUUGAUAUCACCCUCAGCCGUGUCAGCGACACCCGUAUCAAGGCUGUGGUCAAGAACACUGGCAAGGAAGAUGUCACUUUCGUGCAUCUCAACUUCUUCCGGGACAGUGCACCCGUGAAGAAGGUUGAUGUGUUGAAGAAUGAUGCCGAGGUCACUUUCGAAGGUAUCAAGCGCCGUUUCAAGACUGAGGGUCUUACCGAUGAGGCUCUCACCUCGCUUGCUGCCGGAGAGACAUUCGAAGAUGAAUUCGAUAUUGCCACCACCACCGACUUGUCCGAGGGAGGAGAUCUGACUCUUCGUUCGAACGGCCUGGUCCCCAUUGUGGUUGAUGGCGCGGUGGCUGGAUAUCUGCCUUACCGCUCGAACGAUCUCAAGAUCGACGUCGAUGGUGCCAAGGCGUCUCGUGUUCUGAAGGCCAUUAAGCCUCUUGACCGCCGCACUGUCGAAUCUUGCAGCAACGCAAGCCGUAAAUCUGCUCUUGACAAAGCCCUGGCAAACACCGUGACCCUUGCAACUGCUGCUGCCAAGGCUGCUCUGUCUGGAUCUUCCAGCAAGUUCUCCGAGUACUUCAAGACUACCAGCACUGCCACCCGUCAGGUCGUUGCUGCCCGUCUCAAUGCCGUGGCGAAGGAGGCCUCUUCUACCACCUCUGGCUCUACCAGACACUACUGCACUGAUGUCUAUGGAUACUGCGAGCCCAACGUCUUGGCCUACACAUUGCCAUCCUUGAACGUCAUUGCCAACUGUGACAUCUACUACUCUUACCUUCCUGCUUUGACCAGCACUUGCCACAGCCAGGAUCAGGCUACCACCACGCUUCACGAAUUGACUCACGCCCCUGGAGUCCCCGGAACCGAAGAUAACGGAUACGGAUAUGCCGCAGCCACCUCUCUGAGCAGCUCCGCGGCCGUGUUGAAUGCCGACUCGUACGCCCUGUACGCGAACGGUUAG